GAUCGACAACAAGCAUGGCACGCGUCAGUAUAGUGGCCGUACCGCAUACGGGAGCGACAUGGACAACGGAGAGCCACGCUAGCCAGAUCUUGGACGUCGUACCCAUCUUCAAGUUUCUGUGUCGAGCCUGUGCUGAAGCAAGACCACACAGUCACAAGCUUUGGGCCAGAAUGAACAAGACUUGGCAGUUUCGACCGAGAACUUCUCCAAUUCAAGCUUGUAACAUUUGCGGUUUCUCCAACCCUGCGCUUGGGCACGAAUACCACAGCAGAAUCACACGCAGCUGUCAACGCGAACUUGGUACACAACCGCCCUUUUCACAAAAUCAGAGGGAUAGGAAUGGUCCUGCCAGGCGACCCAGCAAUUACUUCCGGCAUCCCAGGACCACGAUAAUCGCUGUGAGGUGGGAAAUUCAAGUGGCCAGGGUUGAGGUCCUUGAAGGGCUGGCUGUCUUCUAGAAAAAGAACUUGUCUGGAUCAUCGUCAAACUGGGAUUUUUGGUCUACGGAGAAACGAGGAACGGGGCGAGGAUUCGAAUGAAAUGCAAUGUGCUAUGAUACGGAAUCUUUUUCGUGUUGUAGGGUUGUUCCCCGUUGGUCUACACGCCACCAGACUUCUGGAAUAGAACAAACCUCACCCGAAGACUGCAAUAGUUGAAAUAACUAUAUGGUCGAUGAAAGACAUAAGUUCCUGGCAAGGGCCUCGCUAAGAUCAUAGAGGUUUGCUUCCGUGGCUGUGGACAUUCCGGACUGGGUGGGGCCGGAACCGGGACCGGGCACCGCACGGUAUCUAAUGUCAGCGUUCGUCCCGGUAGCUCAAACUCGCAGCCUGCCAAUGUCAAGUCCUCAACAAAGCUUGUAUCAACAACUUCGGCAAACUGAUAAACAACAACCAACGGUGUAUUGAUGAUUGAGGGAGGGUCGCCUCUCGUGAUGGUGGGCGUAUGGACGAGUUCAGUUGGGCUUUGUUUAUGGCCUGCUGUACUUUUCUCUUUCACAAGAGUUCAUC